CGGAAACGUGGCCUCACCCACGCUGCUUCACCGCUCCUGAACGCCACACGACAAUGAGAAAGGAUUUAACAAGUCGGCGUGUUGUUUCCAUGUGAAAAAACAACACAGUUGCAGCACCAUGAGACUGACGUGUUUCUGCGGCGCCUUGCUGCUCCUCGUCGUCCUUCCUGCUGGUUGCCAGGGAGGCAACAUCUUGGUCUUUCCUAUCGAGGGCAGCCACUGGGUGAACAUGGACAUCCUCAUCCGAGAGCUGCACUCCCGGGGGCACAAUGUGACCAUUGUGCGUCCCCUUAAGACAUGGUACAUCAAAGACAACACCUCCUAUUACCACACUGUCACCGUCCCAGUGGAAAAGACCUUGGACAAAGAGUUUAUCACUAGUAUGAUUGUUGAGGUAAUGGAGUAUGAGAGGGGGUCCUUACCCCUGACGAAUUUUCUACACUUAACCAUUGGCAUGUUCGGAAUUUUCCUUGAAGCUCACAAUUCUGUGGGUGAAUUUACCACAGCGAUGCUGGAUGACAACGACCUGAUGAGGAGAUUAAAAGACAGCAAGUUUGACCUAGUGCUCACUGACCCCUGCUGGGGUGGAGGUGUCAUUGUAGCCAAAUAUUUGAACCUUCCUCUCGUGUACAACGUUCGCUGGCUAAUCGCUACUGAAGGUCAUUUCCCCAUUGCUCCUUCGCCGCUAUCUUACAUUCCUAUUACGGGAACGGGGAACACAAACAAGAUGAGCUUUUUUCAAAGAGUCAAAAAUGUGAUUGUGUUUUGGAUUGGCUACACACAACAUAACUUGGUGAUUAAGUAUAUUUACCAGAAAAUAUGUGACAAAUAUCUGGGGCCGGAUAACGAUAUGCACCAUUUACUGCAGUCUGCAGACCUUUGGCUCAUGAGAGUGGACUUCGUGUUUGAGUUUCCUCGCCCCACCAUGCCCAACGCCAUUUACAUAGGAGGAUUCCAGUGUCAACCUGCCAAGCCUCUACCAGACCACCUGGAGGAGUUCAUGCAAAGUUCUGGAGAACAUGGAGUGAUCCUCAUGUCUCUUGGGACUUUUGUGAGCGAACUUCCUGUUGACUUAACCGAAGAGAUAGCGACAGCAUUUGCUAAGCUACCUCAGAAGGUCAUCUGGAGAUAUAAAGGUGCCAAACCUUCAACUCUUAGCAACAACACUCUCCUGGUGGACUGGAUGCCACAGAACGACCUCCUUGGACAUCCUAAGAUGAAACUCUUUGUGGCUCACGGCGGGACAAACGGUGUCCAGGAAGCUAUGUAUCACGCAGUGCCCGUUGUGGGAAUACCUUUGUUCUUCGACCAGUAUGACAACUUGCUGCGUCUCUCAGAAAGAGGAGCAGCUAUCAUACUCCAGUUAACCUUAGUGGACAAAGACAACAACUUCCUUGAGGCCAUGCAGGAAGUUCUUACAAAUUCGUCUUACAGGACGAACAUGCAGAGACUCUCCAGGCUGCACAGAGAUCAGCCCAUUGCACCGCUCGACAACGCCAUGUUCUGGAUCGAGUUUGUCAUGAGACACAAAGGUGCAGCUCACCUAAGGACCGAAUCCUACAAGAUGCCUUGGUACACCUACUACUCUGUGGACGUGUAUCUGUUCGUAGCUGGAGUGUUCUUAGCAGUAUUGAUCAUGUUUUGGAUCACAAUCAAGUGUUUAUAUUCUGUUUUGUGUCGAAAGAAAGUCAAACGCGAGUAGUCAGUCCGUACAGUCUGUGUUUAAAACGUUCACACACACUUGAAAGUCUACAAAUCAGUUGUAUUCUCAAAGCCAUGACAAAAAAUGACAUGUUCUGGAGCCAUAAUGUCCAGAUGACUAAAAUAUUUAUAUAUUAUUUUGCUCCUGAACACAAUUCUGGCGGUUAUUUCCCAUAAUGUCAAUUAGUUUUUGUGUAAUCUGUAGGUAACUACCGUAUUUUUCGGGUUAUAAAUCGCGCCGGAGUAUACGUCGCACCGGCCGAAAAUGCAUAAUAAAGAAGGAAAAAAACAUAUACGUCGCACUGGAGUAACGGUCGCAUUUGAUAAAAUUCAACACCAACAAUAGACAUUUGAAAUGCAAUUUAAAAUAAAUAAAGAAUAGUGAAUAACAGGCUGAAUAAGUGUACGUUAUAUGACGCAUAAACUGAGAAGGUGCCUGGUAUGUUAACGUAACAUAUUAUGGUAAGAGUUAUUCAAAUAACUAUAACAUAUAGAACAUGCUAUACGUUUACCAAGCAAUCUGUCACUCCUAAUCGAUAAAUCCGAUGAAAUAUUCUUCUUCGAUGUCGCUUCUAAACAACUCUGCCAACUCCAAAGGUAUGCGCCGCUUCCUAUUGUCGUUUUCUGCUGCAUAUUUCACUACGUCCAGCUUGUAAUCUGCCGUACAUGAUUUCCUUUUCGGUGCCAUUUUUGUUCAGCCCUUCUCAGUUUUUAUAAGUUACCGCCAACGAUGAAAUGAUCCACUUUAAUAGCUAUGGCAGUAGCAUAUAGCAUAUAGCAGUUAGUGAAGUGAAGUGAAUUAUAUUUGUAUAGCGCUUUUCACGAGUGACUCAAAGCGCUUUACAUAGUGAAACCCAAUAUGUAAGUUACAUUUAAACCAGUGUGGGUGGCACUGGGAGCAGGUGGGUAAAGUGUCUUGCCCAAGGACACAACGGCAGUGACUAGGAUGGCGGAAGUGGGAAUCGAACCUGCAACCCUCAAGUUGCUGGCACGACCACUCUACCAACCGAGCUAUGCUAUAUGCUACUGCCGUAGUUAGCAUUCCAUGACCCACAAUGCACUUCUGCCAUGACCCUCCCCUGCUGAAUUCUUAUUGGUUGACGUGUGUUUGACGAUUGCUGACAUUUUCUUUGUCUCUUCCGCGAAUGAGAUAAAUAAUAUUAUUUGAUAUUUGGUAUUGUGUUAAUAAUUUCACACAUAAGUAGCUCUUGAGUAUAUGUCGCACCACCGGCCGGCCAAACUAUGAAAAAAACUGUUGACUUAUAGUCCGAAAAAUACGGUAACUGCACUUUGAAUACUCAUCUACAAAAUUGGAACACAUUUGCCCGCAUAGACAGUGUGGAUAAAGUCAUGUAACGGCGUGGAGAGUUGGGAGAGUGGCUGUGCCAGCAACUUGAGGUUCCUGGUUCAAUCCCCACCUUCUACCAUUCUAGUCACAUCUGUUGUGUCCUUGGGCAAGACACUUCACCCUUGCUCCUGAUGGGUUCUGGUUAGCACCUUGCAUGGCAGCUCCCGCCAUCAGUGUGUGAAUGGUGGAAUGUGGAAAUAGUGUCAAAGCGCUUUGAGUUCCUUAAAAAUGUAGAAAAGCGCUAUACAAGUACAACCCAUUUUACUAUUUUUAUGUAAAAUUAUAAUUUUGAUCACUUGAUUGCCUGUUUUGUGACCCGGUCCAUGAUUACUUCAAACCUGAUACAGUUAACAUUAUGAGUAAAAAAAAUAAACAAAAGAAUCCCCACUUCCAGACUUUGUUGCUCUUCCAUAGACACCAUAGCCUAUGUUUCCUUGUGCUCUAUCAGCAAUUUCUUCGAGCAUCUUGAGGAAAACAUCAGUAGAAGAGUACUCAAAAAAUGGAAUACUUGCGGCUCACCUUUUUAUCUCAAUUUGAGAGCUGAGUCUGCUCUUUUGUUUUUUUUCUCAAGGUUUGGACUCAGUCUUUCUUCCCUCAAGGGUGUUAUUGAGUUUUUUGAUUGCCAUCGGCUUGAGUCUUUUAAAUCAUAUGCAUUUCAAAUCCGACCAAAACACUUAUUUUCACUUUUUUAUUAUUUUUAAGUCAAAAUCGUCAAAAUGUUUGCUGCAAAUUAAACUCGUCUCGCUUUGUACAUCAAUUGGACUGAAGAGGUCCAUUCUUUCCUCAUAUUCCCAUCAUGCAGGUCGACCCCUUCUUUAGUUGUAUUGCUGCAACAAUGCAUCUGUUAGACAAAUUUGAUAAAUCCUUCAAUUUCUGUGGAAAAAUAACAUGUUUCAGGAUGAAGAUGCUACCAAAACUAUUACUUCACAAUAUGAAAUUGCCCCAGUCUAUGAAGUCAGCAGGCUGAUGCAGGCCUACCCACAUUUUGGAGCUAAAAGUGUGCGUUCUAAAAUGUGCUGAAACUCGUUAACAAGUAUAAAAUCACGACUGUCAAUUUUGGGGGUAAUUUUACUUUCAUUCAUUGUUUUUCUGUCCAGACCUGUGAAAUAAGUGCCAAUGUUGUCAGCAUUACAGAGCCCUUAGAGUUGUUUUCUAAGAUGCAAAAAAUAUAAUAUAAUAUAAUAUAAUAUAAUAUAUUAUAAUAUAACAUAUAUAUAUAUAUAUAUAUAUAUAUAUAUAUAUAUAUAUAUAUAUAAUUUAAAAAUAAGAUUUGAUGAUUAUGAUUUAAAAUUUUGUUUUUAACAAGUUAAAUAAAAGCUUUAUUAUAAAUCUUAUAUUUCCUACCUGCUUGGUUAUCUCUGCCAUUGAUCAUCAUUAUUUUUAAAUUAGCUUCAACACUAUUUAAUAAGCCCCGAAUGUAAAACAACAGGUUUUGUUCAAACUUGUUUUAUACUGGGGUUCCCAAACCUUUUACCUCCAAGAGCCAAAUAAAAAAUAUGCCAAGAGGCUGCAGGCCAAACACUGCAAUUUUAAGCAUAAAACACAAAUAACCUAAAUGUAAAUAAUACAUUUAUUUUAAUUAGUGUAAAUAACAAUGAUAGAUAGUAGGAAUGUAAUGAUAUAUUGAUAGAUCAAUUUAUAUUCGUAAAAUCUCUAAGAAUCGUUCAAUUAUUUACCAUGAAUUGAUUAACGUGGACCCCGACUUAAACAAGUUGAAAAACUUAUUCGGGUGUUACCAUUUAGUGGGCAAUUGUACGGAAUAUGUACUGUACUGUGCAAUCUACUAAUAAAAGUUUCAAUCAAUCAA